AUGGAGGUAUACAUUGUGUACAUAACGAUGGAGAAGGCGGACGAGGAAGGUACUCACGAAUGCCAGACGGGGAGGUUAUCCACAAGUAUCAAGGAGGUCGACGACGAUCAAUGAAACACAUGUGGUGUUCGUGUGUGCAUGAGCGGAUGAGAAUAUUCCAACGGGACCGUAGGAAGUGGCUACGCAGAUAGGAAUUGAUAGUCCCCUGGGUUGCUUUCAUGGUUGAUCCACGGGGCUCGGAUCUACGGGAGUGCUUGCUGUGUCGCGGCACUCUCUCCCUCUCCCGCCGCGUCCUGAUCGUGUCUGCUGUCCUAAAUACAAGUGAUGCCAUCACCUUCAACACACAUACAUACAUGGGUAUACUAAUACUCUAGAUGAGUGUAUCCCUCGAGAGAACCCGUGGUGGAGAUAAUGGCGCCGAUGUUGCAGCAGAGACUGCCGACGUCACCGCUAGUACGCAGGGCAGAGUUGACAACCUGGAGAGCAAAGUUUCAGGCCUGACGGACGACGUACAGCAGCUGGCAGGGCCUUUCCGAGCCGCCCUCGGAAAGUUAAAGCAGGAGAGGGAGUCCGGCGGCGCGGGGGUGGGCGCUGUCGUUACGGGCGCUACGUCUGCCCGCGGUCUGCUAAAAGAGGGGCCGCACAACGACGUAAUCACGCCGCCCGCACAGCACGGGGGAAGAAGCACCAGACCGGGAGCCAGCCUGGUAGUGCCAAGGAUCCCUGCUGGAGUGGACCCGGGCAUAGGACCGGGCAGCGGGGACGUCAGGGGGUCAUCAUCC